AACGAACUGAAAGCCCGCCUCUGACGUCACGGCUCAUAAUGAUUGGCUGAGGUUCCUCACGUGAUGCAAGUGGACACAAACUGAUAUGAACUGCUGACGCCAAAACCGAAGAGCUUGUAAGUGUAUAAAAAGAGAUCAGAUGCAGAGUUCAGCUGUGUUUAUGAAGAGUAAGAGGUCAAUGGAUCCACCAACAGCAUUUAAGAGAGUCAGACCAGACAUAACUGAACCCGUCUGUAAAAAGAUAAAGUUGGACCAGUCUGAAAAUCAACCACAAUAUUUGUGUCCUCAAUUCAGUCAUGACCCUAAUAUUAAUGAAGUCCUCAACACAUUUAAAUCAAAUCUGAGAGAGAAGUUUAAGUGUUUGUAUCCAGGAACAUCAAAGCAGAGAAAACCAACACUACUGAACGAAAAUUACACAGAGCUCAACAUCACAGAGUGUAAAAGUGUAGAGAUCGGUAAUGAACAUGAGGUGAGACAGAUUGAGACACAAUCCGAAAGAACAACAACAGAGGAGACACCAAUCAAAUGUAAUGACAUCUUUAAACCUGAACAAGACAAACACAUCAGAAGUGUGCUGACAAAGGGAGUCGCUGGCAUUGGAAAAACAGUCUCUGUACAGAAGUUCAUUCUGGACUGGGCUGAAGAGAAAGAGAAUCAGGACGUCCACCUCAUAUUUCCACUUCCUUUCAGAGAGAUCAAUUUGAUGAAGGACAAAACACUCAGUCUUUUAGAUCUUCUUCAUCUUUUCUUCCCAGAGACAAAAAAAAUUGAAAUCUUCAGUGAUGAAUAUAAAGUGUUGUUCAUCUUUGAUGGUUUGGAUGAGUGUCGUCUGUCUCUGGAUUUUCACAGCAGUGUGAGGUUGUGUGAUGUAAAUGAAUCAACCUCAGUGGCCGUGAUGCUGACAAACCUCAUCAAGGGGAAUCUGUUUCCCUCUUCUCGCAUCUGGAUCACCUCCAGACCACCAGCAGCUGAUCUCAUCCCCUCUGAGUGUGUUGAUCGAGUCACAGAGGUACGAGGCUUCAGUGAUCCACAGAAGGAGAAAUACUUCAGGAAUAGAAUCAGUGAUGAGAGUCUGUCUGAUCAAAUCAUCUUACAUCUGAAGUCAUCCAGGAGUCUCUACAUCAUGUGUCACAUCCCAGUGUUCUGCUGGAUUUCAGGCACUGUUCUAGAGAGAAUAUUGAGGGAAGCAAAGAGUCAAGAGAUCCCCAUGACUCUCACUCAAAUGUACACACACUUCCUGUUCAUUCAGACGAACAUUAAACAUCGGGACAACUUUAAGAAGAGCAUGAAGGAUAAAGACAUGAUCUAUAAACUGUGUAAACUGGCUUAUGAGCAGCUUGUGAAAGGCAAUGUGAUCUUUUGUAAUGAAGACCUGAGAGAGUGUGGCAUUUAUGAAUCAGAAGCAUCAGUGUACUCAGGAUUGUGUACUCAGAUCUUCAGAGAGGAGUUUGGUUUGUGUCAGAGGAAAGUUUACAGCUUUGUUCAUCUGAGCAUUCAGGAACAUCUAGCAGCUCUACAUGUGCACCUCAGAUUUAUAAACAACAACAUAAAUGUGUUUGAUCAAAUUAAACUGUAUCAAACGGCUAAGCUUUCAACACUUCAUCUGUAUCAGAGAGCUAUAGAUGAAGCUGUACAGAGUAAAAAUGGACAUCUGGAUCUUUUCCUUCGUUUUCUUCUGGGUCUGUCACUGAAGUCAAAUCAACAUCUCAUACAAAUUCUGAGAAUACAGACAGGAAAAACCUCUCACAUUAGUGCAAAUAUAGUCAGAUACAUCAAACAGAAAACCAUGAACACUCAAUCUCCAGAGAAGUGCAUCAGUCUGUUUCACUGUUUGAAUGAACUUGGUGAUCGUUCACUAGUGGAAGAAAUCCCACAGUAUCUGAAAUCUGCAUUAAGUAAAGCCACACUCUCUUCAUCUCAGUGGUCAGCUUUAGUUUUGGUGAUGCUGACAUCAGAACAAGAGCUAAAGAAGUUUAACAUGAAUCAGUUUGUUGAAGAAAACAAAGCUAAACCCCUGAAAGUUCUUCAGAAGCUGCUGCCUGUGAUUUGUGAAUCCAGGACAGUCCUGUUGUAUUCGUGUAAUAUCACAGAUGAAGGUUGUGUUGCUUUGACUUCAGCUCUGAGAUCAAACCCAUCACAUCUGACACAUCUGAAUCUGUCUGAUAAUAAUCUUGGAGAUUCAGGAGUGAAGCUGCUGUCUGCUGUAUUGGAGAAUCCUGACUGUAAACUGGAGAUACUGAGGUUGAGUCAGUGUAAUAUCACAGCUGAAGGUUGUGUUGCUCUGUGUUCAGCUCUGAACUCAAACCCAUCACACCUGAGAGAUCUGAAUCUGAUUAAGAAUAAUCUUGGAGAUUCAGGAAUGGAGCAUCUCUCUGCUGUACUGAGGAAUCCUCAAUGUAAACUGGAGAUACUUGGGUUGUGCUCUUGUAAUAUCACAGCUGAAGGUUGUGUUCCUCUGACUUCAGCUAUGAGAUCAAACCCAUCACACCUGAGAGAUCUGAAUUUGACUGAUAAUAAUCUUGGAGAUUUAGGAGUGAAGCUGAUCUCUGCUGUACUGGAGGAUCUUGACUGUAAACUGGAGAGAUUGAAGUUAAGGAGUUGUAAUAUCACAGAUGACGGUUGUGAUGCUCUGUCUUUAGCUUUGACAUCAAACCCAUCACACCUGAGAGAACUGAAUCUGUCUAUGAAUAAACUUGGAGAUUCAGGAAUGGUGCAUCUCUCUGAUCUACUGAAGCAUUCACUGUGUAAACUGGAGAAACUCUGGUUGAUAAAUUGUAAAAUCACAGCUGAAGGCAGUGUUGCUCUGACUUCAGCUCUGAGAUCAAACCCAUCACACCUAAGAGAACUGAAUCUGUCUAAUAAUAAACUUGGAGAUUUAGAGAUGAAGCUGCUCUCUGAUGUACUGAAGAAUCCUGACUGCAAACUGGAGAUAUUGAAGUUGUCUGAUUGUAAUUUCACAGAUGAAGGUUGUGUUGCUCUGACUUCAGCUCUGAGAUCAAACCCAUCACACCUAAGAGAAUUAAAUUUUAAUGGGAAUAAUCUGGGAUAUUUAGUAGUGAGGAUGCUCUCUGAUCUGGCGAAUGAUUCAAAUUACAAGCUGAAGAAACUAAGCUUCUCUGACAACAGAAGAUGAAACAAAGGAAUAGAGGCUUUAGUCAACGCAAUUAACAGAGACUCAAAGAAGACAUCCUGAACUCAUAAUAACAAUGAAAGUGACAUUAAUUCUGCUUCAGUACUUCACCUGUGUCUCAUCUAUUGUUUAGGACAGAGUUUUUCAGAUGGGUUUGUGUUGAUGAGAGAAAUGCUGGAAGUUUGUUUAUAAAAGUACAAAUGCUAAUUGUAAUAUUUACAAAAGUACAAAAUGUGUUCACGUAUGCCUUUUAUGUUAUGCCUAUAUAUUUAUGUACAAAAAUUGUGUAAUGUUUAAGUUUUAUGGACAUGAAUGUGUUCCCUGACAAAAAAUAUUCAGUUUUCACUUUUAAAACGAUUAAACCUUUAAAUCGGUUUUCAUGUUUGCAGUUCUUGAGCGGUCCUUUCCACACCCAUUUACGCCUAAGAGAAACAUGAACUUUGAGCUGAAUUUGAAGUUUAAUGAUAAUGAUUUUAAUAUCUGGAUGUCUUUAUUCAGAUAUUAACUCAUAAUAAGAGUUAAGAUACUAAAUGAGUAAUGUGAAACAAUUCACAGAUCACAUUUGAGUUUUCAAACUGGGGUCUACGCCAGGGGUCUCCACAAAAGUUUAAAAGACAAAGCAAAAACUUAAAGUAUACUGUGCAGCCAAAUGUUUAAGUUUAUAAAGAAUUUGCUGUCUUUAUAUCAUCACAUAUUUUUUAUCUAACACAGUUUAAUGUUUCUUUAUAAAUAAUAUGGGAAAUGGAUAUAUAUUUUAGAAAAGGGGUCCCUCGCUAAAGGUGGGGGCCUAUGUGGUGGUCCCUGACUCCCUGCCAUCAUAAGGUAAAAAAGCUGGUCUAUUUAAUCCUUGUCCAAUCUGAAAUGGCUUUUAUAAAAGCUUUAUGGUCGAAUGCCAUUGUAUUAGAUGCUGCAUUAUAUAGAAAAGUGAAUAUAGCGAUAAAUUCAUGCUGGUGACACCUGGUGUUGAAGAUGUUGUAAAGCAUGGAGACUUCAGUCCAAACAUGACACAUUAUACAAAGUUAUUGCAAGAUUUUUCAAAAAAUGUAAUGUUUUUCAAUAAAUUACAAAUCAUUAAGCAUGAUGAUGUGAUUAUUCACUAGUAACUGAAAUUCAACAACAUUAUAGGUGAAGUGAAGUCAGACUGUUCAUCUUAAGCUGUAGUGUUUGUGUUGCUGACAUGAGGCUAUGAGUUUAAUAUGAAAUUUGUUAAAG